AUGAAAUUACUUUAUCAUAAUGAACUACAAUAUGUCUUUUAAUUUAUUAGAAACACUAAAUUUGAUAUUUUAACCUAAGAAUUAAAUAAGAGUCAGCUAAAUUUUGAAUAAAAAUACAAUUUCAUUUGCUUAAUCACUGAAAAUCGUAUCAAUGAUAGCCAUCAUUUAAAAUCAAUAUUGAUUUCAAUUGGAAAACAUUUAAAAAACAAUGAUGAAUAGUAAAAUAAUGCUAUCUUAGAUUAAACUUUCCAAUAAUUUAUGAGAUUCAGUGAAAAUUUAAGAAAUUCUAUUAGGAUUUCUGAUUUAAAUAAUAGAAAUCUUUCUAUUUUUAAAAGAGAACUUAAGACCUCAAUUUCACGAUUUUAAGAAAACAAUAAAUACAACAAACCUAUUUUAAUAAAAAAUAUAAAAUUAACACCUACAGGUUUUGUACCAAUGAUAAGAUCUUUUGAAAAAGCAAAAUUGAUAAUAAAUUUAUUUGAUUAUCAAAAGUUUCUAAAAGUAAUCAUAUAUGAUGAUGAUGGAAAUUAGAUAGAUAAAAAUAAAUCUAUGACUGGAUAAUUAAUUAAAGUCAAAUUGAAAGAAGGUAUUGAGCUAUUUAAAGAAAAAUUUUAAUUACUUGGUUGGAAUUAUACAGAAUUAAGACAAGAUAUUUUUUGGAUGAUUAAAGAGGAUCAAAAAGAUAGUAAUUUUUUAUUGAGUAAAUUUAAAUAUGGUUUUUCAAUUUUAAAAAAUUUGACUCAAAGCAGAUAAAAUUUUGGCAAUUUUUUUUUGAAUGGUUAAUAAAUGGAAUUCAAAUAAGUUGUAAUAGAACAUAAUGAUUAGAUCAGCAAAUAAUCCAAUCAUUUUGGAUAGAUUUCUAGAAAUUUAAUUAGUAUGAUUAGAGAAAAAUUAAAUAACAAGGAGAUUUCUGUUAUUUAAAUUAUUUUUGAUGGAAUAUAAUACAUUUUAUAACUGAACAAUAAAUUAAAAGAUGAUAGAAUUUAAUUAGAUUUAUCAAACACUAAAUUAUAUGAUUUUAAUAGUAUAAUCUCAGUGAUUGAUUAUAAUAAAUUAAGAGGAGCUAAUUUAAAUAGUAGAAUAAUAGAAAUUUUGAUAGAGAAUGGAAUUAAGGAAACAGUCUUUGUUGAAUUAUUGUAAUGUAAAUUUUAUUGAUCUAAUAAUAUAGGGCAUUUAAAAUAAAUAUAAAUCUAAUAAAUAUAACGAAUCUUGUCAUUAGAUUAAAAGAGUGAACUUUAUGGUAUAUUGCCAAUAAUAGAAAUAAUGAAUAUUAUGAAGAAUAAUUAUUUAGAUGAAAAUAAUAGUUUGUUUAUGAAGAAGGUGUGUUAGAAAUUAAAGUUAUUAGAGAUAUAAUAAAUAAAAUCAAAGUAUAAUAUUUUAGUUGAUAAAGCAGAAAGACUAUUUGGUGUUGUAGAUAAUUAUGGAAUUUUAAAUGAUGGAGGUAAUAAAUUAUAUUAAAAUGGUGAUUAGAAGUAAUAUGUAUAAGUAAACCAACAGAUAAAUUGUGUUAUUUAGAAGGAGAGUUAAUAAUAAUAGGUGAUUGUGUUUUGGGUUAGAAAAUGAUAUUAAAAGUUUAUGGUUUAUCAGGUAAAGAUA